UGGCCUGCUGGUACUUGGCUGUGGAAGGAGCCACCGAGCUGGUGCCCACCUCUGGGGACUCAGGGUCUCUCCAUUGGGUUGUCUGAAUUUAUGACUCAAGGAGGGACCACAUUGGCAGGCCAAGGAGAAGUGCUUGGAUUCUCUGGUCUCCCUGGCCAGCUGUCAUAGCUCUCAGGCUCACUCUUCCUGUCAGUGGUGUGAUGUUUCGGGGGCUUCUCCUGAAGCCCCUUGGGAGGCUGCUUCUUGCCCCAGGACCCCCACCCACUGCCUGCCUGUGCCAGCCACCUGGAGGAAGCCCUCCACUCCGUUGACUGAGGAGGCAGCAGAUGUCACAGAACUGCCAUUUAGGCCACAAGCUCUCCCUAAGCCUGCUCUGUGCCCAGCUCUGUUGAGCUUUGAGGACCUAGAUGGACCAGGGAGAUGACUGCCUGGGAAGCCGUCAGGCGAGGGGAGAGAAAGACACACACAGAAACGUGGACAGCAGUCACAAGACCGCUAGCAGAUGAAGCAGGAUCUCGGCAUCUGGUGAGAGGUAGGCAGGGACCAGCACAGGCAGCCACACUUCCUCUGAGCCGGCACUUUGCGUGUAUGGCCACAUGCUCAUUCCAGUGAGACGGCGGUUGCUCAAGCCAUAUUUGUCACUUGGUAUGUGGCUUUGGACAAGUUACUUAAUUUUUCUGAGCGCCGAUUUCCUCACUGUUGAAAUGGCGAUGAGAACACAAAGGAUGUGGCGUCUGAGGUGGCCAGAGCUUAGGGCUGCUUGGGCCACAGUGGGCACAGAGCCGGGUGCCAGGAGGCCUUUAGGAAAUAUUUCCUGGCCAAGUGCAUUUCCAAACGGGAUUCCUUAUCCUGCUUCCAUGUUCUCUCCCAGAGGUGGUGCUGAAUGACCUGAGGCUGUUCCAGAAUGAAGCUGCCUCUGGACGGAGGGACGGGAAGUGGCCAGAAGGGGAAGUGUGAGGAGUUCCCGUCCAGCCUGUCAUCAGUCUCCCCAGGUCUUGAAGCGGCGGCCCUGCUCCUGGCCGUGACCAUGGACCCUCUAGAGACCCCUAUCAAGGAUGGCAUCCUCUACCAGCAGCAUGUCAAGUUUGGCAAGUGCUGGCGGAAGGUGUGGGCUCUGCUGUAUGCAGGAGGCCCAUCAGGCGUGGCACGGCUGGAGAGCUGGGAGGUCCGGGAUGGUGGCCUGGGAGCAGCGGGUGACAGGUCGGCAGGGCCUGGCCGGCGAGGGGAGCGACGGGUCAUCCGCCUGGCUGACUGUGUAUCUGUGCUGCCGGCCGACGGCGAGAGCUGCCCCCGGGACACCGGUGCCUUCCUGCUCACCACCACCGAGCGAAGCCACCUACUGGCUGCGCAGCACCGCCAGGCCUGGAUGGGCCCCAUCUGCCAGCUGGCCUUCCCGGGGACAGGGGAGGCCUCCUCAGGAUCCACAGAUGCCCAGUCUCCCAAGAGGGGCCUGGUCCCCAUGGAGGAAAACUCCAUCUACUCCUCCUGGCAGGAAGUGGGCGAGUUUCCCGUGGUGGUACAGAGGACUGAGGCCACCACCCGCUGCCAGCUGAAGGGGCCCGCCCUGCUGGUGCUGGGCCCAGAUGCCAUCCAGCUGAGGGAGGCCAAGGGCACCCAGGCCCUCUACAGCUGGCCCUAUCACUUCCUGCGCAAGUUCGGCUCCGACAAGGGCGUGUUCUCCUUUGAGGCCGGCCGUCGCUGCAACUCGGGUGAGGGCCUCUUUGCCUUCAGCACCCCCUGUGCCCCUGACCUGUGCAGGGCUGUGGCUGGGGCCAUCGCCCGCCAGCAGGAGCGGCUGCCAGAGCUGACCAGGCCCCAGCCCUGCCCCCUGCCACGGGCCACCUCUCUGCCCUCCCUGGACACCCCUGGAGAGCUGCAGGAGAUGCCACCAGGACCUGAGCCACCCACCUCCAGGAGGAUGCGCCCAGCCGAGCCCGGACCCCAGAGCCUGCCGCUACUGCUAGGCCUGGAGCCCAACGAUCCAGCGUCUGGGCUCUACGCCUCAGUGUGCAAGCGCGCCAGUGGGCCCCCAGGCACUGAGCACCUCUAUGAGAACCUGUGUGUGCUGGAGGCCAGCCCCACGCUGCACGGCGGGGAACCUGAGCCGCACAAGGGCCCCAGCAGCCACAGCCCCACAACCAGUCCCAUCUACCACAAUGGCCAGGACUUGAGCUGGCCCGGCCCCGCCCACGACAGCACCCUGGAGGCCCAGUACCGGCGGCUACUGGAGCUGGAUCAGGCGGAGGGCACAGGCCGCCCUGACCCUCAGGCAGGUUUCAAGGCCAAGCUGGUGACCCUGCUGAGUCGUGAGCGGAGGAAGGGCCCUGCACCUUGUGACCGGCCCUGAACACCCAGCAGAGGUGGCCAGAGAGGAGGGUGCUCCCCCUGGGACAGGUGGGUGGGCUGGUGGGCAAACAGUGGGCCCAUGUGGACACACACCUGUGUCCACCCUGGCCUGCAGGAACAAGGCAGGCCGCCUAUGGAGGACCUCAGCCCUGCCCUGCCCUCCUCAUGAACAGUGUGCAGACUCACAGAUAAUAAAGCUCAGAGCAGCUCCCAGCAGGGGCACUCACGGCACACA